AUGUCGAGUCACCACAAGCGAAAAAGGUCUCAUUCUCGCGAUUCUACACAUCGCUCUUCGAAGUCUAAUAAGUCGUCAAGCUCAACAGAGCAGUCAGACCUCGAGUCAGACCAUGCCAAAAUUGACGAAGAAAUGCUUCGCCAGCUUCGUGCCAUCUCAUCUACAGUUUCAGAUCUUAAAUCUAACAUGGAUGGGUGUAAUAAAAGAAUUUCCCAGCUCGAAGAUGUCUUUAUUCGCGAGAAUAUGGCACAUUCGCACUCAGAAAGGCAACCAGAGCAUAGCCUGGACGACGACACGCUUUCGAUUUUGGCGGGAAACGACAAUCCUGAAAAUUUUGAGGAUCUGGCUAUUGAGCCACCAGAGCAGGCUAUUGAGCCAUCAGAGCAGGCUAUUAAGCCACCAAACUCUGCCGUACAGCUAAACACUAGCGAUGAUAUUUACGGCGACAGAAUUGAUCCUUCAAAACAACAAUCAGUUGAACUCAGCAAAGCUAGCGAAGGUCAGCCGGGGUUAUACGACCCCGAAGCUGUUACAACCUCGUGGUCUCCAUCUCAGGAGUUUAAAGAUUUUUUAGAGAAAAAUUUUCGAAGGAAACUAUCCUUUGAUCACAUUUGUGAUAUUUUGGAGGAACAAGCUAUUCCUCAGGUAGAUUCCCUCGUUGCUCCUACUCUAGAUCCACCAAUGUUGUCUCAUGUUUCUCAUCAAAAUAAAAAGUUUGUGCAGGAGAGAGAUAAAGAGCUCGCUGUUGUUCAACGUGCUAUGUUGAACAUCACAGGCCCGUUAUGCACAUUGCAUGACCGUUUAGAAAACAACCUUCCUGUUAACCCUACUGAGCUCAAGUUGCUUGUCGAACAAUCCCUCUGUUUAGUGGGUUCGGCUAACACACAAUUAUCGGUACUCCGCCGCAAGAAAGUACUUGCAGCCAUUAACAAAUCAAAAAUUGAUUUGGCAAACCAGCCAUUGCCAAACGCCCAAAGAUGGCUAUUUGGAGACGAUUUUCCCUCCAUUGCAUCCAAGGAAGCCGAGCUAUCACGGGGUUUGGCAAAAAAUCUGGCGCCUACGGCCCCCAAAAUUUAUAACCAAGACCCGAAACAACCAAGCAGAAGUUUCUCUCAGUCUACUAAAUACAAAACUCAAAACAAGAGGGGUCGGGUUUUUCGUACCCCCCAGUCUCGUUUCCAACGGCCGCCAAAUUACCACACCACUUCGAACAGUGGCAGGGUCUGA